AGAAAUACUCCAAGAAGUUAACUCAUAAACCUUUUUUUCUUCCUAGAAAAAUGCCGAUUCCAAGAAUGGCCUUUGGAAAUUUGGAUGAGUUUACCACGGUUGAUGCCAUUAAGGCUGCUAUAGCUGAAUUCAUUUGCACGAUUACUUUUGUUUUUCCGGCUGAAGGCUGUGCUUUGGUAUUCUCCAAGAUGAUCACGACUGGCGGACCGGCUACCGGGCUGAUCACCGCAUCGUUAUCCCAUGGAUUUGCUCUUUUUGCAGCAGUUUCAAUUGGAGCAAACAUAUCUGGAGGUCAUGUGAACCCUGCUGUCACUUUUGGUGCCUUUGUGGGAGGUCACAUUACUUUUUUCAGAAGUAUUUUGUAUUGGAUUGCUCAAUUACUUGGAUCCGUUGUGUCCGUCUAUCUCCUCAAGUUUGCUACUAACGGUUUGGAAGUAUCACCAUACCCUCCAACAUUACCAUGGAACGCAGUUAUUUUCGAGAUAGUGAUGACCUUCCUCCUUGUAUACACAUAUUAUGCAACUUCAUUUGACCCCAAGAAGGGUAACAUGGGAAUCAUUUCCCCGAUCGCAAUUGGUCUAAUCGUUGCUGCCAACAUCUUGUCUGGUGGUGCUCUUUUUGGUGCAGCAAUGAACCCUGCUAUUGCUUUUGGUCAAGCAUUGAUUAGCUGGACAUGGACGCACCACUGGGUCUAUUGGCUCGGUAAUUUCAUCGGUGCGACCAUUGCUGCUUUGGUCUAUCAAACUAUUUUCAUUGGUCAGAGCAAUGAUCGCGAACAGCUCCCAAUCACUGAAUUCUAAGAAUUUCAACUUAUUUUUUCUGAAAAAACUAGUUAUUGGAUCUUUAAGUUGUGCUUGUUAUGUCGAUAUCUUUCUUACCUUGUUGGAUUUUGUUUAAUUGUGAAACCUUGAAAAAAUAAAUAAAGAUUCAUGUAUCUUGUUUU